AUGCAGGUCUGCAGACUAAAUGUCAAUCUCGUCAAUCACCCCCAACGGUGGGCCGCCGUCUCGUCUCAUCUUGCUGAGGUGACGGGCGGCUCCCAUGACUGCCCGCUGCCCUGGAAAAAGGUCUCCCUCUUUUUGGCGGUGACGCAUCGCCAGAGGGGCUGCCCUGCCCUGAACGUGUUCCUGCCCCCUGUCACACCGGCCUUUCUCACCGUCUCCAUCCACUCUCAGUUUUCCCCAUACACUACUGCACAGAACGGAGCGGAGACGGAGACGGAGGGAUUUGCCCACCAGCCAACAGGACACCUGUGCUCUCACUCUCACUCUCAUUCCCUCACUCACUCUCUGGCGAACUCACCUCACCCAGAUGAAGCGUUCGGCAGCUCCGUCUCUUCCAAUCCAACCCUUGUCCUCCUCUUCCUGUUACGGUUCAAUCUCAACCCGUCAGGGAAAUUGCAAAGCUCACCGCUCAAACACCACCUACUUGACACCAAACCAGUCAACCGCUCCCAUCUCGUGCCGUCCAUCUUCAGACGACACCCAAUCAACCAGUUACAGAGCCAAUAUAAAGUUGCGACUCCCUCCCUCUUAGACCUCUCCUCCCUGAUGCAUCGCAUCAUGUCACGGUGUCUACAGAAAACCUCAAACCCGGGUGGCCUGUUUAAACUGUCCACUUCUGCAAGUGAGCAAUCAUGUCUCGUCUCAACUCCCGAGUCCCCUUUCACCAAGCGGCUCUUUGUUCCCACGUUGGGGGGAGUUCCCCGGUUCGCCGUGGACAAAAACUCUCUUUUGGCUCUUGUGAGUCUUGUCCUUUCACCCAAACUUGACAACUUACAAGCAGCAUUGCGCGGACAAGGCGCCGCCCCAGAAGCCGCCGGCCGUGGCUCAGCUUCCGUAGAACACCAAAUUGUUCGCCUUAAUCUUAAUUUUCCUGGGCGCGCAAACACGAUUACACAUUACACCUACAUCAUUGGCGUCGUCGUUCUGCAGAGUCCAACCGGGGCCAGAGGCUCCGUCGACGUUGCUUCAGAUGCAGCCUAUUGCUGCCGCAGCCCAUUCACCGUCGCAUUUCGUUCCGAAAUCCGCAGCAUCGAGCAGCAAUUAUCAUCGCAUUGCCUGAUCUCACCUAACCACUCCGACGUAGGCGUCCUGCUGCGCCCCGAUGAGCUCUCUGAGCUUACCUCACCUUGUAACAGAUUAUCUACGAUCAAGGCAGAGCAAGGGGGGCGCUUCAAGGGGUCCAGCGGGGCGCAACGAAACCCUCCUCCCAUCUCCAUUCGAAAUCGACCAUCUUGCAGCAGGACAAGGGCAUGCGUGGCGUGGGCCAAGGGGAAAAUGGACACUCUUCACUUCAAGGAAGUCGAAGACGGUAUGGCCCAGGGGGAUAAGGGGGGGCGGGCGGGCUGA